UUCAGCAGGAGAUCUGAUAUGCCUUAUCGCUACACAACGUCUCUGAAGGAGCUAAGCUACAAGACUGGAGUGUAUGAGGUGUAUGACGUGUUUUCGGAGCAGCUCUUGCCUCAGAUGAAGGACAGCACAGAGUUUGUGGUGUCUAUUAAUCCAUCCGGUGCGGUCAUGUGGUACGUCAAUCCUGUAGCCGAGUGGCGGAAGGAGGCGGAGCCUGUGCGGUUCAGCGAGAAGCUGAUUGGGCCAAAGUUCCACCAGCAUGCUAAUGAGGCCGACACCCCUCUGGUGCUUUAAGCUCCACCCAUCAAGAACGAACGACGCACUCAGGGACAUUCAGCCAAUUGGCAAUCACUUAAUCUCCUUUUUAAACAUUUUCUUGUGUGAUUUUUUUAAAUAGGUCUGUUUCUACUGAAUGAUAUUUCAACUAUCCGAAUGAAUUGCUAUUUUUGGAUGGAACUGAAUGUUUUUGCACCGACUGACUUUCUUAAGACGCCUGUUAGUGACAUCUAAUUUGUGCACAUUCAAGUUUGAAGCAAGUAUGAAUCAAGAUGUUCAAAUUAUGAUGCUUUUGUUGAGGUGUCUGUAUGUAUGAGUGUGUAAGAGCAAAAAACAACUUUGUCAGUCGCUCGCCUUUGGGCGUUAUCGAUUCUGGUUCUGAACUAGGUUAGAAACGCAUUAAAAAUCACAAUACAUUUUCAUAGUAAUAAUAAGAUAAUUUACACUGUUCCAAAUUACACUUUUUCUGAACAAUUACAUGUUUCUGAACAUUCCUGAUGACGUUUAUUCUCGUAAAUUAGUUUACUUGUGUUAUUUUGACAAUACACCUGAAAGAUUUCAUAACUUUGUCACUUUUAAUGCGCUAAAAUCAAAUAAAUU